GGAAUAUUUAUCUGUAAUCUGUUAUGAUUUGAAAUAAAGUAACGUGAAUUUUGCUGUCAAAUAUAAAUAAAAUAAUUUAAAUUUUUAAACUAUUUAAACAAUAGGAACCUUGAAAGUUACAAAUUAAUCUGAGGAUACAAAAUAACUCAUUCUAAAUGAAGUUACGUAAAAUUAUGUACUUUCUAAUUAAGCGGCAACAGUAGUAUAAUUUUUUUAACUCGAAAUCUAAUUAUUAAUUUAAUGUAUAACAGUAAGUACUUUUUAUCAGUAAAAGUAUGGCAUGCAUAUUAAAGCUGUGGUAUGGAGCUAGCGUUAUUAUUUCUCUAAGCACAUGGUCAUUUUUUAUUUGGUGUUUACUUCAAAAAAGGCAGAAAUGGAAACAAAACCGCUUAUUUUAUAUGAGGCAUAAUUGUGUAGUAACGUAUUCACGAGGCAAAAGAAUGACAGGGUGGCCUACAGACAACAAAUUAGUAAAAAACCUUGUAAGCAAUAUUAACAUUCAUUUUGAGCCAAUUUGCUAUUUCAUAUCAACAGCUAAGACCCGACUUGAUAUUGCUGUUAUGGCUUUAACAAUAAAUACAAUUGGCGAAGCACUACUAAGUGCCAAUGAUCGAGGAGUACAAAUUCGAAUAAUUGUCGAUUUUCUGUGUGCAAAAGGAAAUUCUCUUAUUAAAAAAAUAGAGACCUCAGGUAUUAAAGUUAACUACUAUGUUCCCUCAAUAAAAGAAAGGGAAAGCAUUAUGCAUUACAAAUACAUGGUCAAAGACUAUGUAGAAGACAUUGAAGGAUUUAUAAGUGCUGGAUCAAUGAACUGGACUAUAACAGGUCUUUUUAAUAACUACGAAAAUAUCGUAUUUUCCAGUGACUUGAACUUUGCUAAAGCCCUACAUAAUAAUUUUGAACAUACAUGGGACUUUAUAGAAUUUUCAAAGUUGUCUUAUGAUGUUAAGGCAAAGCUUAAUUUGUUAAAAUAGCAAUUACAUUAAUAGGAAAACAUACUUACUGUAUAUAUAAAGUUUAGAUUUAGAAUAAAGGUUUUAUUUAAAGUCGGGUAAUCAUUAC